AAAAACCACAUUUCAUUGACUUCCCAAUUCAUAGCUAAACAGCUCCUUCUCUCCUUCCCUCCCACAUCAACCCUAGCAAUCCCAGUUUUCUUCCUUCAUAUUUUUCCCCCAAUUAUGCUAAUUAAUCACUUUCUUAAUUAUCUUUGUUAAUUAAAUUCAAGUGGUUGAGGAAUAAAUUACGUGGUUGACCUGCCAGUCCAUCAAAUAUCGUAGUUUCUUGAUGUAAUUUCAAUGCCUUUUAGGUUACCACUAAUUUCAUUUUCGAUUCUUUGAAAGGUCAAACAGAGGGAUAGCAGCAAGAACGAAGGGUGGGUUGUUGACGUAGAGAGAAAAUGGACGGUGAAGAUCGAGUUAUAAGACGACGAAAGAGUUUAACAGAACGGCUAGGAUUAAAAGGAAUCGGAUGUUGUGGGUCCAGAUGGGGUAUAUUGCCAGCAACAUUAAAUAUCAUGGACGAUGAAGACGACGUAGAAGAAGUGAUGAGUCAUCAUAUAAUUCAUACACCGCCCGAAACAGUCUCUACUACUACUAGUAUAGCAUGUUUGGGUCAUAUUCCCGGAGGAAGUUCCGGGAUGAAUUUGGCGGCCGCAUUGGCCGCCGAACGUCAUUCCCGAGAGGAAGCCGCAGAGCAAGGUUCAGACAAUGCAAUUGACAAUAGCCCGAGUUCACGGCCCGGCCCGAGCCCAUUGAGGCCCGAUGUUGACGGGCCGAGGACAGUACCCGGGACACCAGCAAGAAUGUCGUUGAUGAGAUUGUUAGAAGAAACGGAGAUAUAUGAGGGAGAAUUAAUGGAGAAAGAAGAGGGGGUAGGGGGUGAAAAUGUUUGCUGUGUUUGUAUGCAGAGGAAAAAGGGAGCAGCAUUCAUACCAUGUGGUCACACAUUUUGCAGGGUUUGUUCAAGAGAGCUUUGGGUAAAUCGAGGUUGUUGUCCCCUUUGUAACAGAUCCAUUCUUGAAAUUCUCGACAUUUACUGAGGUAAAAAAAGAAUCCAAGGUUUUGGUCAUGGGGAUUUGUCCAAAAGUAAAGAAAUUAACUCAAAGUGAGGAGGUAAAAUUCGUCAAUUAUGAAUUGGGCGCUUUAAUGUAAAACGAGAGCGGGAGGAGAAUUUGAUUUGAAGUGAAAAGUUAAAGUUUCUAGUGUGAGUAUAUGGAUUAAUAGUUUGUAAAUAAGCCAAAAGAACAUUUUCUUUUCUUAAAGAAAAGAAAAGAUUUUGGACUUAUGUAGUUAAACAACUAUACUUGUACAAUGUUAGUUUUAAUCAUUCUAUAACCAAUUCAAUGUCAUCACAAAACAUGGAGUAGUCGCAA